GCGCGGGCGUUCUGCAACGCCGGCCUGCCCGAGCCGCGGGGUCAGCGGGGAAGGAGACGAUGUCCCACCUCAGCGGCGCCGCGCGCGGCCUUGGCCGCCUCCUCCGCCUGCAACCGAAUGGAGUAAGACACAGUUCCUAUUCAGCCACACGGAAAAAUCUUUAUAUCAAUAAAGAUACCAAGAUCAUUUGUCAGGGUUUUACUGGCAAGCAGGGCACCUUCCAUAGCCAACAGGCGCUGGAUUAUGGCACCAGUCUAGUAGGAGGAACUUCACCUGGGAAGGGGGGACAAACUCAUUUGGGCUUGCCUGUCUUUAAUUCUGUGAAGGAGGCCAAAGAGCAAACAGGUGCUACUGCCUCCGUUGUAUAUGUGCCUCCUCCAUUUGCUGCUGCUGCCAUUAAUGAAGCUAUUGAUGCUGAAAUCUCUUUAGUUGUGUGCAUUACUGAAGGUAUUCCACAACAGGACAUGGUUCGGGUUAAGCACAGACUGACUCGUCAAGAUACGACUCGGUUAGUUGGCCCAAACUGCCCUGGAGUCAUCAAUCCUGGAGAAUGUAAAAUUGGCAUCAUGCCAGGUCACAUUCACAAGAAAGGAAGAAUUGGUAUCGUGUCAAGAUCUGGCACCCUGACAUACGAAGCUGUCCAUCAGACAACACAAGCUGGAUUGGGACAGUCCUUCUGUGUUGGGAUUGGGGGAGAUCCUUUCAAUGGAACUAACUUUAUUGACUGCCUUGAUGUCUUCCUGAAGGAUCCUCAUACAGAGGGAAUUAUAUUGAUUGGUGAGAUUGGAGGUAAUGCUGAAGAAGAUGCUGCAGCAUUCUUGAAGGAAAAUAACUCCGGUCCUAAUGCCAAGCCGGUGGUGUCAUUCAUAGCUGGCCUGACCGCUCCUCCAGGCAGAAGGAUGGGUCAUGCUGGGGCAAUCAUUGCCGGGGGGAAAGGUGGAGCUAAAGAGAAGAUUGCUGCACUUCAAAAUGCUGGCGUUGUUGUGAGCAUGUCUCCUGCUCAGUUAGGUAGCACUAUGCACAAGGAGUUUGAGAAAAGGAAAUUGCUGUAAAAGAAAAUCCUCUGGAAUCUUCUGUCAUCGAAAUGUCAGUACAACACCUUGGCUCUUAUACUUGUUGUCCCCAACGCUUGAUCACCUUGAUAUGACUGACAUGAGUCUUUUUUAAAUUAAAUUUGACUUUAAGGGCAUACACUUUUUAUUUCAGCUUGUCCUUUGUUCAGACAUGGUCACCUGAUUGUAAAUUGUAGCAAAUUAAUAAAUUCAGCACUAAAAUUAAUAUAUAUUUUGAAUUACUGAAACUCAGUGACUUUUUUUCUCUCUUUAAAUCAUCCCAAGGCAGUAGUUGCUAAAAUAAACAAAGCCCACCGUUCUACCUGGAAGCUUUAAGAGCAGUUUAAAACUUUGAUUUUUGGCUUAUGUAAAGUACUGCAUAAUAUAUGAUGCUUUAAGUAGAGUCCAGUAACUAUUUGUGCACACACCCAGGACUUUUGGGGUUGGGUAAGGUUGUGGGGAUAAAAGCAAUCUUACUUGGUCAUUACUGGCUGGUAAAUACAUUUCUACCUACAGCUUAGAUGAAGUAUGCCGUCCACUAAACAAACAUUCUUGCAUCUACAAGGUGAAUCCUGUUGAUCCAUGCAGCUGGAUGUGUAAACUUGCAUCCAGAUAUUCUGUCCAAAGCUGCUGAGCUUUAUGCAAUGUAACCCUCGUAAAUGGGGGGUUAUCUUUUACAGUUGUUGAAAGUUUGGGGGGUAAUUGCCUGUUACCUUAAAAACUACGUUUGACUUGAGAUCUAAAAGAUGAAGCAAUGUCCCAUGCAGUGGCUGAGUUGAUAUUUCAGAGUUUUAUAUUUUUGUUGAAGAGAGGAAUUGUAACUCCCUAUGAAAAUAUAUAUUCAUAACUUUGUAACUUGCAAAUUGCAUUAUUUUUGCAGCUUAUUGUCUUAAUUUUCUCCUUCCACCUUUACCAGUUGGUGCAUUGCUUUGACUGUUUUUGAAAUACUGCAAAUGACAGGACUUGCUGCAAUGAGUUGGCAUUCUGAAAACAAAUUUGGUGAGAGAUGUUUCUUGUAAAUGAUUACCAAUGCAUCCUGGAAGUUGUAAGGAUAGAUCAAACUGGUGCCUGUAAAUGAGUAGGAGAAGCUAUAACAAACUGACUGAGUUUAAGUUGUUUUCAUUAUAAUGGAAUUAAAAUCAGCUGGGGAAACUUAUGUUACAUGAUGUUUCUAUAAAAUAUAUAUAUGUACACACUCCAUAAAGACUCUGUUGCAGAAACUUGUGUCCUUAUUUACCAAAAGCAGUUUUGUGCUUUUUCAAAAGAAAACAAUGCAGUUAGUCUUCCUGCUGUGUCUCUGCAGUGAGAGCAGGUGUCCUAAUACCACCAUUCAAAAUCUGGUGCGCUAUAAUCCUGCAAUAACAGAAGACAUGGUAAAUCUAUGCUCAUAAUGAAUGCAUUGUCCAUCAUGUUGUACAGCAUGUAAGAAUGUGUCCUGUUGCCUAGAGCUCUGAACUGCUGCAAUACUACAAAUAACUCAUACUGAAACAAGGCAGAUCUUCCAAGAAGACCUGGUAAUUAGGUGGCUGAAAGUCACAGCAGAUUAGUAACUUAAGUCUCAUAUUUAAAGUCUUACUAUGAACAAUUCUUGCUAGAUGUGUUCAAAUUGCAAAAUUGGCUUCAUUUUGACUCUGGAGCAGGAGGGGGAAACUUGUUUGGUUUUUUUGUUUGUUUGUUUUUUCCCAAGAUUGGAGAUAUACAGAAAUUAAAAACCAGGUUUUAAGCGUGUGCCCAUCUCCUCAGUCAGUGAAUGGUGAGGACAUUGAGACUGGUCAGUGAGCAUUCCUAAUAAAUAUAGCAGUUGCCU